AUGAAUUUCCUCUCACGGCUCUCCAAACUCUAUAAAUUCAUCCGAAUCCGAUGCCAUCGUUAUCCCAGAUUCCCACUUCUUAAUCUUCCAUACGUCGCGAUAAAACACGUUAUCACAACUAUGAGUGUUUCGGAAAGAAUUAAACUUUCAUUAACUUCGAAACGAAUGGAGGCCUACGUGAUUCUUUCAAGACAGUUAUCCCCAUAUUGUAUUAUUCAUUUUGACAGCAAGCUAUCAUAUAUACUUAUGUCACAGGAAGGAAUCAUGUUAUUUUCAGAGAACAAAUUUCAUAAAUAUUGUGAUUAUGGGAAUGAGAAGAUGAAGUACUCGGAUUACAGUUCAUGGCUCAACAAGAACUCCACCUCUCUCGAGAAGUUUUCAAAGUUAACCCAGAAAGUUUUGACGUUAUUCCCAACUAACUACCUAAUUCUCCAGUUUUGUACCGACUGGAUGAGCGCAGAAGAUCUCGAGGCACUAAUCAAUAUUCCAAUAUUCCGAGGCUGUAACCAGCUAGAGGUUUUCGGACAGUGGCCUAGAGGAGAACUUUUGGAUAUGAUUAUGGAAAUGGCGAAUUCUAAGGGGGAUAUAAAAUUAGGGAGAGUUAUGGUGGAUUACAGUCAUGCAAUGGCGUUUAAAUUCCGUAACAUCGUGUACGACGACUCCCGAUGGAUACGAAUUGAACACCUGUUAUCCCUGGAAAACAGUCGAUUCGUAACUUUAAGACAAUGCAAUUUAAAUUGCAAAGAUAUGAAUAUUCUACUGAAAUAUUGGAUCUCUACUGAUCGAAAUAUGUUUGAAGUGUUGAAAAUCGAAGGAAAUGAGAGAUUUUUUUGUCCAAAAGAUGUGUUCGAUGGGAUAGCUGUGCUGAGAGCUGUUUUUCACGAGAACCCAUAUUAUUGGAUCACUACCAAAUCCGCGGACCCCUCGAAACGGAACAUGUUGGCUUGUCAACUCGAUGGACGUACAAUGCAAUGUUUUACGGGACGUCACGACAAGAUCAGAAUAACCACUGGUGUAGAGGACCUGAAAGUUCUGGAAAUUUUGAAAUUAUUAGAAGACAGAAGAGAGGAAAAGGAUCAGGAACAUGAAAGAACAAGUGAAACACUAAACAGUUUUGGAGUCCUUUUCAAAGAUGGCAUUGCAUGGCUCCGAUGA